CCGGCGCCCCCUCCGCGCCUUUAGCCCCAGGUGUCUGAGAGGAGAAAGAUGCAUCGACUCCGCUCACGGGCCUCCACGGGGAUUUCUGCCUUUGCCGCCUGUUUGUCCUCUGUCUGCUUUCGCCAAUCACCUCCGCUGCCCCGGACCGGGAAGUCGACCUCGCAGAGGCGUUGGAGUAAAAAGCCAUCCUGCUCUUCUAUCGGCUGAUUGUCGCUGAUUCCCGGGCGGGGGGGAGCAGAGAGACCGAGACCCAGAGAGGGGCCGCGGGAGCCGAGCCCAGAGCCGCUGCGACCAUGCCCAAGUCUAAGAAGCGGGGGAGCAACCACCAGCGCGGAACCGGUGGUCAGCCCAGAAAUGUUCAGCCUUUUAGUGAUGAAGAUGCUUCAAUUGAAACUAUGAGCCACUGCAGUGGCUUCAGUGAUCCUGCUAGCUUCACUGAGGAUGGGCCUGAAGUUGAUGAAGAAGCUACUCAAGAGGACUUAGAAUACAAAUUGAAGGGAUAUAUUGACCUUACAUUGGACAAGAGUGCAAAGACAAGACAAGCAGCUCUUGAAAGCCUGAAAAGUGCUUUUUCUUCUAAAAUUCUAUAUGAAUUUAUCAUGGAAAGAAGAAUGACGCUAACAGAUAGCAUUGAACGCUGCAUAAAGAAAGGUAAGAGUGAGGAACAGUGUGCAGCUGCUGGACUGGCGUGUCUUCUGUGUGUGCAGAUGGGGUCAGGAAUUGAAAGUGAAGAGAUUUUUAAGACCCUUGGUCCAGUUCUGAAGAAGAUUAUCUGUGAUGGAACAGCCAGUAUCCAAGCCAGACAGGCUUGUGCAACCUGCUUAGGAAUUUGCUGUUUCAUCAUCACUGAUGACAUUACGGAACUGUACUCUACUAUGGAAUGCCUGGAAAACAUCUUCACAAAGGCCUAUCAGAGAGAUAGAGACACUAAUGGUGUAUCAAGUACCCACAAUACUGUGCUUCACAUCAGUGCUCUCUUAGCAUGGACACUGUUGUUGACCAUUUGUCCAAUGAACGAAGUGAAGAAGAAAAUUGAAAUGCACUUGCAUAAACUUCCAAGUCUGCUGUCUUGCGAUGAUCUCAGCAUGAGGAUAGCUGCUGGAGAAACACUUGCACUUCUGUUUGAACUGGCACGUGAAACAGAUGCUGAUUUCUUUUAUGAAGAUAUGGAACUCUUAACAGAGAAACUACGAGCUCUGGCUACUGAUGGAAACAAGCACCGAGCCAAAGUGGAUAAAAGAAAGCAGCGAUCUGUCUUCAGAGAUGUUCUACGAGCUGUUGAGGAACGUGACUUUCCUACAGAAAUGGUCAAGUUUGGCCCUGAGCGCAUGUAUAUUGACUGCUGGGUUAAAAAACAAACUUAUGACACCUUCAAGGAGAUCCUGGGGUCGGGGAUGCAAUAUCAUUUGCAGUCAAAUGACUUUCUUCGGAAUGUCUUUGAGCUUGGUCCACCAGUAAUGCUAGAUGCUGCAACUCUUAAAACAAUGAAGAUCUCUCGUUUUGAAAGGCACUUGUACAACUCUGCAGCAUUCAAGGCUCGGACAAAGGCUAGAAGUAAAUGCCGUGAUAAAAGAGCAGAUGUGGGCGAAUUCUUUUAGAUCUCCUUUUCCAUGGGGUUCAAUUUCCAGAAUAGAUUUGUAACCUUUAAAUGAUUGGGGGGUUUGUUUUGUUUUUGUUUUUUUAGCAUUUCUGUAGUAAGUUUGCACAGGGAUGUAUAAAGUCUGUAAAUCUACUGCAUGUUGUUACAUAUAGCUUGUAUAUAGAUUAAUGUAAGAUUGGGUGCAGGGAUACAUUAUAACACUUGCAAUUAGAUGCAACUUACUUCAAAGGUGGAUAUAUUUAUUGUCAUGGAACUGUUAAUUGGAGUGGGUAACUGUAGUCAAAUGCUGUGUCAGACUGGACUCCUUACUUCAUUAUAAAGGUAAAAUGUAAUGAAUUCCUUGACCAAGUGUUUUGGAAAGAAUGUGCUAAUAUGAGAACACACUUGUUUUGUGUGAAGUUACUAAGACAACUUUUAAAACUCCUCAAUGGCAGGUAGACGAAGAACUUUUUAUAUAGUACAACCUUAUCCUGAAGGAGACUAUGAAGUUUACUUCCCUGUAUUUACAAUGAAGUAAUGAAUGACAAACACUUGCCUCAAUGUAAAAUACAAAUAAUGCUCUCAUGUUCUGAAAUUGGGAUGUUUAAUUUCUGGAAUAAAGAUGUUUUUCACUGCUCA